AUGCUUGUAGUUCUGGACGGGGGUUUCGCCGGCAUCUCACCUGCUCUGCUUGAGAGGUUGCAGAUCUGGUGGCGGUGUUUGUGUUCUGGAAUCUCGGCGAGGUUAACCGGUGAGGCAGUGGAAAGGAGUCGGCUUUUUAGGCGCGUGAAGGAUUUUUGGAGGUUCGGAAAUGGUGAGUCGUUUAUGGCUAUGGCGUGUGAUGCUUCUCCUGUCCUCUUCGCUUUCUACACUCUCUACCAGAGUCCCGUGGAGGUGCUCUUACAGUCACUCCUUAGAACUGGUCUUUGGUUCUCAAAGCCGGGCUUGAGGCGAUUUCAUCCGGUUUGUCGGGUUGUUCUACGACUCCAGGUGAAAGAGCUUUUAGGCUUCCGUUCCGCUGCUAUCCCAGACCCGUCUUUCUUUUGUUGCUGGCAGAGGUGGUCGCUUCUAUCCUGCAACUUUGGCGUUGGAGGCGAGUGUAUAGUCGGGUUUUUAGCAUACACCUCGGUUUGUGUCUCUCAACCCUUUCUCCUCUCUUGCGUCUUGUGCAUCAAUGAUGGUUAUGAUUACAAGCUUAGACAAGUUCAUCAAGGACUAGCUACUCCGGAGACGUCAUGGGUAGACCCCGGCAUCCGAAGAAAUGAGGUGAAUCUCUCCUUCCCGUGGUCAUCGUCAAAGGUAGAGAACGGUACUUGA